AAAAUCCAAGUACUUCUGCUAAUGCAUUAAGUACCAUCAUGCACCUUCAAGAUAUGAGCCAGCACACACACACACAAUAUUCCCUCUCAUUACAGUAACAACUUACAAGUGACAACACACACACACACACACAUUAUACAUGAUUGAUUAUACCCUGUUAAUGAGAUAAUCUUUCUCUCAUCUCUUUCUCAUCCUAUCCCAAAAGUGGCGUUAGACCAAAAUCUCAUGGAUCCCACAUCAAGAAACCGAAAGCCAACCGUUCAUCCACCAUCCAAACCAUCUCCCACCGCUUCUCCCAACUCUACACAAACAACAAGAAACUCGUCUCCCACGACUCAUCAUGCAUCACUCUCACCAAUUCCACCAGCCACCACGCCAGAAACGGCGCCGUUUUAGACAAAAUCGUGGACAAAAACCAGCUGGUGAAGGAGGAGAAGGAUGCCGGCGAUUUAAACAAGCCGUCAUCCAAAAAACACCCCAAAAUGCAAUCUUUUGACGAGAAAAUGAAGGGGUUUCAAGGAGGAGUUGAAGUUGUGAGGGCCAGAAAUUCUCUCUCAUCAAUCCCUCCAACCGUCAAUGGAGGAGGUAGAAGAAAAUCAUUCUGCACCUCGCAGGCUGAGCUCGCCGAUUUCCUCUCUUGCAACGGCGUCAAAGUUGUGGCCGUUGAUAUGCCGCCGUUCAUGCAAAUUCACGCCGUCAAUUGUGCAAGAAAGGCGCACGAUAGCUUGGAAAUGUUCACUUCCAAGCCUCUAGCUCUCACACUGAAAAAGGAGUUUGAUGGGUUAUAUGGACCUGCUUGGCAUUGCAUAGUAGGGACCAGUUUUGGGUCAUUUGUGACACACUCAGUGGGUGGAUUUAUGUAUUUCUCAAUGGACCAAAACCUAUACAUCUUGCUCUUCAAGACUGCUGUACACAGGGGUAAAUGAAAAUGAUAUCCAAUCUACACAUGGACUAUUAAAUAGCACAACAAAUACUAGCAUUUUUCUGGUGGAUUGUUUUUUUAAGAUUAGUUUAGCAUAGAAGGGG